UGCGUCGACUUCGACUUCGACUUCAGCGUUAACGGAUCCGUCAUUGUACUAUAAACGCUGACGGAUACGUUAACGCAGAGGGUGCCCACAAUGUUGCGUUGCGUUGUUGCGUUGCGUUGCGUUCGUUGCGUCAUCUUUGUCAUUGUUGUCAAAUGUUUUGUUUACGAAGGUUCCAUUUGGACCUGUUGGGACGGAGUAUUUACAUCGGACGGAAAAAUGGAAUACGUGCAAAGUUUAUCCGAAAUCGUGCUGCUUCUUUCGAUUGCCAACGAAUUGCGAAAGGCAAUCAAUUAUACACGUGAACAUCCGCGCAGAACGCCUCGCAGGUGGUGGAUCCGGCCUGCGAACGAGGAUCGGGAUGGCAAAGGUUUUUUCGAAACCGAUUAUCAUCUGCUGAGGAAUAGAGAUCCGGAAUACUUCCUUAAAUCAGUCAGGAUGAGCCCACAAUGCUUCGACUUGCUUUUAGAAAAAGUGGGUGGCCGGCUACAAAAGUUUUCGUUCCGGAAGCCAAUUUCACCGGAGUGCAGACUUUUCAUGACCCUUAUGUACCUAGCACACGGAUCUUCUGUUUAUGUUACGUCCAGGCUGUUCCGUAUGGGGGUGUCCACCGUUCGGAUGAUUGUGCAGGAAGUGUGCGAUGUACUGUGGCGAACGUUGGUAACAGAAUACAUGCCUGAAGUCAGCGAAAAUGACUGGAAGAAGUACAGUCAAGAAUUCAAUGACGUUUGGAAUUUUCCAAAUUGUUGUGGAUCGAUUGACGGGAAACAUGUGGCAAUACAGUGUCCACCCAAUAGUGGAUCAUUGUUUUAUAAUUAUAAGCAAUUCCACUCCAUCAACUUGAUGGGAGUAUGCGAUGCAAGCUAUAAUUUUAUUGCUGUGGACAUCGGUGGCUACGGAGGCAAUAGCGACGGUGGGAUAUUGGCUAGUUCGGAGUUUGGCCGACGGUUGCUGAAUAAUCAGCUGAAUCUACCCGCUCCAUGUCAAUUGCCAAACUCUAGUGAAAUACUGCCCCAUUUCAUUGUGGGAGAUGCGGCGUAUCCGCUGAAAAAUAACCUUUUCAGGCCGUACCCGGGCUCGAACUUGCCAGCGCAACAAGAAACAUUCAAUAAUCGGUUGUCUAGGGCCAGAAGGACAAUAGAGAAUGCGUUUGGCAUCCUUGUCGCCCGAUGGAGAAUAUUGAAAAACACACUCAUUAUGUUUCCUAGCUCCGCUGAAACUAUUGUCAAGGCCUGCGUUAUUCUCCAUAAUUUCGUGAAGCGUCAUUCAUCCACCGAAUAUUGCCCGGCCGGAUUCGUAGACCGUUUGGAUAACGCCGGAAACAUAGUGGAACCGGGUGAGUGGCGCACCCUCGUAGAACCAUUGAGCAGUAUUCCCGCUUCGUCAAUUCAAAAAGGCAAUAACGCCGGAAGAUCAGCAAUCCAAAACCGAGAUGUUUUGGCGAAAUACGUAAUGGAACAUCCAAUUUAACAGACAUCCACCGUUCACAUCUUCUUUCGUCUUUGAUCGCUAUCGGCGUCUAAAUGCUCUUUGUCUGAACUUGGAAAUCAAAUGCGUUGCAGCACAUUCUCAUAAGAUGAAGAAAUUUAUUAUUAUAAUUGAAUUCGACUUGUUUUUGACUCUAGCGUAGAAUAGAAAACUAACCUAAUAAAUGCUGAAAUAAAACAUAUACAUAUUUAUAAAUAUAAAAA